CGGCGGCGGCCACUACGGCCACUACGGCGGCGUCCGAGGCAUGGUCGCGCUGGAGACGCCGGAGGGCUGCUCGCAGGAGGCGGCGCCGGCGGCGGCGGGGGGCGCCGCGGGCGGGCGAAGGACGCUGCCCCUUCCUGGCCGCCUGCCCUCCCUGGCCAGCCCCCAGGUGAAGAGACUGUCCGCCGCCAAGCGGAAACAGCACUUCAUCAACCAGGCAGUGCGCAAUUCGGAUCUGGUACCCAAGGCCAAAGGGCGGAAGAGCCUGCAGCGGCUCGAGAACACUCAGUACCUCUUAACCCUGCUGGAGUCAGAGGGGGGCGCAUCUGGUCCUGAUGAUGGGGACCUGCCCCCCCCAGCGGCACCGGGCAUCUUUGCGGAGGCUUGCAACAACGAGAACUACGUGGAGAUCUGGAACGACUUCAUGAACCGCUCGGGAGAGGAGCAAGAGCGAGUCCUGCGCUACCUGGAGGAGAGCAAGAGCAAGACGCGGAGGCGGGGACCUGGCCGAGGGGAGGAGAGCAGGAGAGUUGACCCGGCCUUCACACCCCGUGAGUGCUUCCAGCGCAUCAGCAGGCGUCUGCGGGCCAUCCUGAAACGAAGCCGCAUCCCUAUGGACACUCUGGAGACCUGGGAGGAGCGGCUGCUGGCCUUCUUCUCCGUGUCCCCCCAGGCUGUCUACACGGCCAUGCUGGACAACAGCUUCGAGAGGCUCUUGCUCCACGCCGUGUGCCAGUACAUGGAUCUUAUCUCAGCCAGUGCGGACCUGGAGGGCAAGCGGCAGAUGAAGGUGAGCAAUCGGCACCUGGAUUUCCUGCCGCCCGGGCUGCUCCUGUCGGCUUACCUGGAGCAGCGCAGCUGAUGACGGGCCCCCCCGGGCUCCCCCUCUGCCCCCGCGCCGCCCCUCCUACAAGAGCUUCAUGGUUUUAAAUUGAUUGAUCCUUGACAACCUGCUUUCCCCUUGGGGUCGGCUGCGUCUCACCCCGGCCCCUCCCGCCUGCCCAGAACCAGCCAUACUGGGACUUGUAUUUGGGUGGGGAGACCCACCAGGUCCCUUCCCGGUUCCUUCCGUCCGUUUGCGCCCGGCCCGGUCUGAGCUGACUCCGGGAGGCAGUGAGCCUGGGAUUUUUCUCCCUUUUAAUUAAUUCGGUGUGAUUUGUUGUACAUUUUUAAAAUUUUCCUUUGGGGAAGGAAAACCAAAAAUUUGCCCCAGCUGAUGGGGGGGGGGGCUAAGGGAGGGGGAGAGUGCUUUGCUCUGCCCCCUGGCUUGACACCCCCCUCCCUCCAGCUUGGGGCUCUUCCUGGCGCCCCAGGAAUGGUAUCUUGUGUGUGUGCGCGUGUGACCGCCUGCAUUUUAUCCUCUUUGACGGAUUGUGUGUCCCUGGGGGCCCUUCUUGGGGGUCUCUGGGGGCUCCUCCUGGUCUGUCCUUCCCUUUCUUCAAACUGGGGUUCCGGGGCUUCCGACCAGAAGCCUCCGCCCUCGGACUGCCUCGUUCUCCUUAGCUCUGCCCCUUGGGUUGGGGGUGACCUCAUCCAGGUCACUCUAGAUGGUCACCCCGCCCGUCCCACACAGGGCAGGGCAGAGCCAGACCCCUCCCCCCACCCGCAGUGUGACGUGUGCGCCCAGACAAGAGAGUUCUAAUAAAUUUCUGGUGCUCUGGUCCUGGA